CAAAAUGUGUCAACCUCCGGCGGAUGAAAACUACGGAUUUAAACUGUUUCUGCUGAUAAAUCGAGCUUUAACCGAGGCUGAGCAUAUAAGAUUAACGAUACGAUAUGUUAAUCCGACCUUUUAAACGAAACAAGCAAGUUAAAUAGAUAGUUUGCGCUCCCGACGCUACUUUUUUGAGUGAAUGCGGUGUUCAAACGGACCCAACUUUCUGCAAAAUGCGACGGAGUUUGGCCCCGAGUCAAGUGGCCAAACGAAUAAAGCGAGAGGAGGAAGAUCCGGACUGGAGAGAGUCGAAACAUACCGAGAAAGAAGUGACUUUGACGCAUUUGAGCCCGUACAGAAAACCGCUGACACCUCUGAGCGCGCAGCCCAAUGGGAGCUGUACGAGCGGGGAAAAACAUGAGAGGUUCAUCCAGAGCAUCUUGUCCAGGCCGUUUAAGGUUCCCAUCGCGAAUUACACCGGUCCGCUGGGGCUCCGGGCGCUGGGUGUGAAGCGUGCGGGCGGGAGGAGGGCGCUGCACGACCCGUUUGGAGAGGGCGCGCUGGUGCUGUACGAGCCGCCCAUCCUCUCCGCGCACGACCUGAUCCGAGCCGACAAGGACAAGCUGGAGGUGCACGUGGUGGUGGACCCGCUGCUGUCCCGAGUCCUGCGCCCGCACCAGAGGGAGGGCGUCCGGUUCCUAUGGGAGUGUGUCACGGGAAGGCGCAUCCCCGGGUCCUUCGGGUGUAUCAUGGCGGACGAGAUGGGACUGGGCAAGACGCUCCAGUGCAUCGCGCUCGUGUGGACGCUGCUGAGACAAAGCCCCGACGCCAAGCCGGAGAUCGAGAAGGCGAUCGUGGUGUCGCCCUCGAGUCUGGUGCGUAACUGGUACAACGAGGUGGGCAAAUGGCUGGGCACCAGGGUCACGCCGCUCGCCAUAGACGGAGGCUCCAAGGACGAGAUCGACAGGCAGCUGACGAACUUCAUCUCCCAGCGCGGUCUGCGAGUGCCCACGCCCAUCCUUAUCAUCUCCUACGAGACGUUCCGACUGCACGCGCACGUCCUGCACAAAGGCAAAGUCGGUCUGAUCAUCUGCGACGAGGGACAUCGGCUGAAAAACUCAGAGAACCAGACGUACCACGCAUUAAACUCUAUGAGCGCGCAGAGACGAGUGCUCAUCUCAGGUACGCCGAUCCAGAACGACCUCCUGGAAUACUUCAGUCUCGUGCAUUUCGUUAACGCGGGGAUUCUGGGUACGGCGCAAGAGUUCAAGAAGCGAUUUGAGAUGCCCAUUCUCAAAGGAAGGGACGCGGAUGCGAGCGAGAAGGACCGUCAGGCGGGUGAGGAGAAGCUAAAGGAGCUGAUCGGGAUCGUCAAUAGAUGUUUGAUCAGGAGGACCUCAGAUAUUCUAUCCAAGUAUCUCCCAGAGAAGAUAGAGCAGGUGGUGUGCUGUAGACUGACCCCUCUGCAAAGUAAACUGUAUCAGCACUUCUUAAAGCAGGCCAACCCUAUUGAGAAACUUCAGGACGGAAAGAUGAACGUCUCCUCUCUUUCCUCCAUCACUUCUCUCAAAAAACUGUGCAACCACCCUGCGCUGGUCUACGACAAGUGUGUGGAGGGAGAGAGCGGGUUUGAAGGAGCUCUAGAUCUUUUUCCUCAAAACUACAACCCCAAAACUCUGGAACCGCAUCUCUCCGGCAAAAUGCUCGUCCUCGAUUACAUACUGGCCAUCACGAAGAGCACCACCAACGACAAAGUGGUGCUCGUGUCCAACUACACGCAGACGCUGGACCUGUUUGAGAAGCUUUUCCGCAGCAGGAAGUAUCUGUACGUGAGACUAGACGGAACCAUGUCCAUCAAAAAGAGGGCCAAGAUCGUCGAGAGGUUCAACGAUCCCACCAACCCGGAGUUCAUCUUCAUGCUGAGCAGCAAAGCCGGAGGGUGCGGACUCAACCUCAUCGGGGCCAAUCGUCUGGUAAUGUUCGACCCCGACUGGAACCCCGCCAACGACGAGCAGGCGAUGGCGCGAGUGUGGAGGGACGGGCAGAAGAAAAGCUGCUACAUCUACCGUCUCCUCUCCACCGGGACAAUCGAAGAGAAGAUUCUGCAGCGACAGGCGCACAAGAAGGCCCUGAGCAGCUGCGUGGUGGACGAGGAGACGGACGUGGAGAGGCACUUUUCGCUCGGAGAACUUCGGGAGCUGUUCACGCUGAACGAGGACACGCUGAGCGACACCCACGAUCGGUUCAAGUGCAGACGCUGUGUGAACGACAGAGAGGUGCGCCCCCCGGUGGACGCGGACUGUAACAGCGACCUCUCCCAGUGGCAUCACACUUCACACAAAAAGGAGCUCCGAGACCAAGUGCUCAAACUGUCCUGGGAUACGGCGGUCAGUUUUGUGUUUCACCAGUGCUCCCACAUCAACCAGAAGACCGGAGAGGAGUAGACCAGGACUGGAACUGGACUAAAUAAGGUCAAACCAGAACUAAACCUGUGUUCCCACGUCAACCAGAAAAAAAGAAGAGGACUAGACCAGGACUUAACUGGAUUAGACUGAGGACUAAACUAUUUGCUCUCAACCAUAACACAGGAAAGGAAUAGACUCAAUUUUUUUUCUAAAUUAGGACAGGACUUGGACAGGACUUGGAUAAACAAGAACUCUAAACUGAAACUGGACUAAACUAGGAUUCAGAAGGUGCUUUGUCUGCCAGAUCCAAAGGGCAGAAAUUUUUAAGUUCAAAGCAAACUGGAAUAAAAUGGACUAAAUCAGGAUUUAUCAGGUCUAAAGUGAGACUAAGACUGGUUUAAGAGGGAUAAAAUCGGACUAAAUGUUGGCAGUGAGGUUCAGAUUUGACAUAUAUUUUAAUAUUUGGUUUGACAACGUCUAUUGUGAGCAAUAAAGUUUAUUUGUAACUGUUCUUACAUUUUUAUUUUUGGUCACUUAACAUUUUUAUUUAGUAAAGUUUUGGGAUUUAAUAGUUGAUUUUCUAGUUCUUUUUAACCUGUGAUAAAUAAAUAAAUAUCCUCUCAAGAAUGAAAAUAACUUUACACUGCA